CGUGCUCUCCCCGCCCCUCCCUGCUCUCGGAGACGGAGCCACGCGCCCGAGCUCGCAGCCGCUCGCUGUCUUUCCCGGAGCUGCCGCCGCCGCCGCCGCCACCGCCGAGAUGCCUCCCCCCGGCCUGGAGCUGAUGAGCGGCCGGGUACUGCCUGCCUUCCUGCUCUGCAGCACGUUGCUAGUCAUCAAGAUGUACGUGGUGGCCAUCAUCACGGGCCAAGUGAGGCUCCGGAAGAAGGCUUUUGCCAACCCCGAGGACGCUCAGAGACACGGAGGCCUCCAGUAUUGCCGGAGCGACCCGGCCGUGGAACGCUGUCUCAGAGCCCACCGGAAUGACAUGGAGACCAUCUACCCCUUCCUGUUCCUGGGCCUCGUCUACUCCUUCUUGGGGCCUGACCCCUUCGUUGCCUGGAUGCACUUCCUGGUCGUCUUCCUGGGCCGCAUGGUGCACACCGUGGCCUACCUGGGGAAGCUGCGGGCGCCCACCCGCUCUCUGGCCUACACCCUGGCCCAGCUCCCCUGCGCCUCCAUGGCCCUGCAGAUCGUCUGGGAGGCAGCUCGCCACCUGUGACCAGCCGCUGACACUUCCUCGGCCGCCAGACCCCCGGCCACGAGCCACCGGGAGACCAGGUGCCCCUUUGAGAUUGUGAUAGGCCCCGGGGCCUGGUUUCCUGGCAACCAGCUGGAUUCCUGGGUGAAGCCGCCGAUUGGAACUGUUUAGAGACCGGUUGUCACGACUGAUAGAAGAUCCUUCCACUUAAAAGAACAGAGCAUGAAAGAUAUCCCUCCGUGUUCCUCCCCAAGUCUGGGAAGGGCGAGCAGAGACUCAGUUCAGGUUUCUGAACCUAAUGACCCUCUGAAUCCAGGGCUGUAAUAAAUAAGGACUUCUCACCUCCACCCCAGAGACUCUGA